AUGGCCACCCAUCUCGACCACGUAAUCAUCCUCGUCUCACCCUCAACUCUCAGCUCUCUUCCACCCUUCCUCACAGAGAACUUCACAAUAACCCCAGGUGGCCGCCAUGUCGACAACCUAACGGAAAACAAGCUGAUCUGUUUCCGUGAUGGAUCGUACAUCGAGCUCAUAGCCUUCAUUACGCCUUCUGAGGAGGAGAGGGCUAAGCAUUGGUGGGGUAAAAAGAAGGAGGGCGGAAUUAUAGACUUUGCAUUCACGACUAAAGCUACCACCGGGGAAGAUGUCUCGAAGCAUCACAAGGACCUGCAAGCACGACUGCUGGAUUCAGGAUCAAAAGCUGGGUAUGAACUUCCGCGCCCGGGGGGCAGGAAACGCGAGUCUGAUGGUCAGGAUAUAAAAUGGCAUGUUACCUUCCCCGCUGUUGGGUCGUCAUCCUCUGCCUCGUCAUAUCAACGAGGGCUACUUCCGUUCUUCUGCCACGAUGUCACACCGCGCUCGCUCCGUGCGCCGGUAGCUGAGGAGAACGUCACUCAUCCAUGUGGUGCGGAGGGAAUCAAGGGACUUACGGCAUAUGUUACCGAGGAGAGAGUGGUGGAACUGACGAAGGAUUAUGGUGUCAUCUUGGAUGUGGAUGAUUUGGCGGAUGGUUUGGAGAGUUUGUAUGGCGGAAAGGGUGGUGCUAGGGAACCAGUGAAAAUUUCCGUAAAAGCUCCUAAAAAGGGAGAGGAGGCAUUGAGGAGUGAGAUAGAGGAUAGGGGUGGGCUAGUACUGGGCGACCUGGUUUUUUGGGGCCACAGCCGUAAAGCUGGAGAUGAUGGGCUAAGAAGGAUUGAUGUUGGUGAUGGGAAUAUAAGCCUGGGCGGCUUGUUUUUGGAUUUGAGCGCGCCUGAUGAUAUAUAG